UGUUCUUCAACACGCCAUAUUUGUUUCAGCAGUGUGUUGAUAUGUGUUGGAGCAAUUGCUAGCUAGCAUAUAUUAUCCCACUUCUCUCACCUUUAAAGAAAUGGUAAUACAUUUCUAAAAGUCUAUCGCUCAUUUUGCGUGUCUAGUGGAUAUUAUCUGGAAUGUACAGGCGCGGGGGAAGCAAGAAGGAUCAUAAUAAAGCGGCUAAGGAGCAGAGCGACAGUAGCAAGUAUGCGGAGCUGCUGGUGUUCGGCUACGCCUGUAAGCUGUUCCGGGACGAUGAGAGGGCCAGCUACCACGAGCAGGGCAAACACCUCAUCCCAUGGAUGGGGGACAAGAACAUCAUGAUCGAUAGGUCGGUUAAACAAACCUAACGGGAAUAAUUACUUAACCAACUUAAUGUCUUCCAAAGGGACCUUGGAUGUAUUGUUGUUUUGCAGUACAGGAGGAGCUGAUGGCAUUGUGUGAUGUUUACAUGGCCAAACGUGAAUAAAAGGAACUUGACAAUGACAGAUCUAAGAUAACUUGCUUGGAUUGUGAUUCUUUUUUAAGCUCAAUGCAAUGACAUAACUGUCAGAUGGAUUCAACAAGAACUUUAAACCGGCCUAAGAUGGUUAGCUGGUUUAAGCUGGUCUUCCAGCAUGGCCAAGAUGGUCAGUAGCUGGUCUUCUGGCCAAGAUGGUUCUCAGCUUGUCUCCCUGCCUGCCAGCUAAAAAGUGCACAGACAACUUUAAAACCAUCUGAGAGACCAGCUAACCAGCUUAGGGUGGUUUAUGAUGUUUUUUUUUUUGUCUUCAGGGUUAGGGGAAAUUUGAAAUCCAAGGCAGAGUCCUUGCUCACCAGGCGCCCUCAAUUAUAUAAUUUAAAAUAUAAAAGUCACAUUGACUAUGGCUAUAUAUUUAAUUAUUUUGUGGUUGGAAUAAUUCAAUUAGAAGCAUAAUAUGAACCUUUUGUACUGGUCAUGUGAGGCCUCUGCUUCUUAACACUUAGUGAAUUUGCUGUGGUCACAUUUGUUAUAUAAGAUUAAAUGCAAAUCACAGAAAAUUCACGUUAGAUAAGCCUGCUACUGUAAAUUAGUCCGUGCAUUAAGGUGGUUCUCACAUAUGAUGUGAUCUAUCAAUGGAAUCCCAUUAUAUGAAUUCUGUCUUCAUGCAUAGAUCCAAAGUCUAACAUUGUUUUUUUUGCAGGAAGUACUUUUAACAAGUAGUCAGUCAAAUAUUGUGUUGUUUAUCUGUUUUCUCUCUCCUCAACACUUUUUCCAGUUCAGCUGCAGACCUUUAAAAAAAAAACAAAAAAACGGGAAAAUUGGUAAUGAGCCAGGAGUGUGUUGAAACGCAUCGGGUUGCAUUGAGCCACCUUAAUCUGCAUGGAUCUGUUUCUUGUUUCCAAUGUGUAUGUGUGUGUCUCUCUAUCACGUAAUGCAGAACUUAUUUCCUCAGCAAUUAAGGCUAAGGGGUCCCUCCAGGCCCCGAUUGCCACCUCAUCGCCCACUUCUCUCUUUUGCCGAAGAAACUGGAACUGAGAAGUGGAAUACAGGAGCGAGCGCAGGAAAAUUUCCUCCAUAUGGGUUCUUACGGAUAGGUACGAUGGCCGUGGUCAUUUACAUGAUCUUUCGGACUAUGACGCAGGCUCGUGGAAUCACGACUACCAGCUGUCUGAGGAGGAGGCCAGGAUAGAGGCUCUGUGUGAUGAGGAGAGGUACCUGGCAAUGCACACCGAUCUGCUGGAAGAGGAGGCCAGACAAGAGGAGGAGUAUAAAAGGCUGAGCGAAGCUUUGGCCGAUGAAGGCACCUACAGCGCAGUGGCCUUCCGCUACAGUGCGGACUACUACGACCCUUCCCAGCCCACUGAGGAAGAGGAGGCCAACAGAGAAGCAGAUCAAGAGCAAGCGGAGGAAGAGAGUGAGGAGCCGUUUGUGGCGCCCCCUGGCCUCCUCAUCCCUCCAGAUGUAGAGCUGCCUGCGACCAUCAAGACGCAUGCUAUUAUUGAGCGCACCGCCAACUUCGUAUGCAAGCAGGGGGCCCAAUUUGAAAUUGUGCUGAAGGCAAAGCAGUCUGGGAACUCCCAGUUUGAUUUCCUGCGGUUCGACCACUACCUGAACCCUUACUACAAACAUAUUUUACGAGCUAUGAAGGAGGGGAGAUACACACCGGCUUCUGAGGUCAAGCAGGACCAGCAACAGGAAUCAAAGUCAGAUGAUUCUGAUGAUGAUGAUGAUGAUGAUGGGGAUGGAAACUACCUGCACCCGAGUUUGUUUGCAUCCAAGAAGUGUUCUCGUCUGGAGGAAAUAAUCAAGCCUCUGCAGGUCAUUGAUCCAGAUCACCCGUUGGCAGCGCUUGUUCGAAAGGCCAAACAGGAGAAUAAUGGUGCUGUGGCAAUAGCGACCAAAGCAGAGGAAGAGCAUCAGCCGCCGCCAGUAACCACACAGAUUGAAUACAGCUCCGACCCUAAUGUUACAGCCAUGUACUAUGGCUACUGUAUGUUGCCUGAUGGUACAUAUUGCCUUGCACCACCGCCACCUGGGAUUGACGCCAGCGCCUAUUAUACCUCACUGCCCCCUGCCAUGAUGUCAGCACCUCCUGCAUCUUGUCCUCCUCCUCCCCCUGGAACCACACCCUUGUUGGAUCCUGUUGCUGUAAUCCCAUCAGCCCCUGCUGCAGGUCCAGUCACGGUGUCAGCUCCUGCUUCUGCUCCACUCUCCCAUUCUGCUCCUGCCGCCCCUCCAACUUCCAGUUCUCGGCCCCCUCAAACCACAGCCGCCCCGGCGGUGGUGGCCGCUGCCACCCCUGUUGCAGCCAUCAUCCCUCCACCUCCUGACAUCCAACCUGUCAUUGACAAACUAGCCGAAUAUGUUGCCAGAAACGGGGUGAAAUUUGAGACCAGCGUGCGUGCCAAGAAUGACCCACGAUUUGACUUCCUGCAGUCCUGGAACCAGUACAACUCCUAUUACGAGUUUAAAAAGCACUACUUCAUGCAGAAAGAAGGCCUGAGUGUGCAGGAGGGUUCCUUGCUUCACAACAGCACAGCGGACUGCUCUUCUGACAAGCAGCAGAACGAUGGCAAGCUCCUUAAAGCGUCUUUUGCACCUAUCUGCUUUGCCAUAAAGUCGAAAGAAAACGACCUUUUGCCUCUGGAGAAGAAUCGUGUGCGGCUGGACGAUGACUCGGAUGAGGAUGGGUUGAAGGGAGAAUUGCAAGAGGGAGUAGAGUUGGCCAUGGGAUUGUUUGAGGCAGUCAGAGAGCCAUCUCAGCCUCCAUUGGCUGAGGAGAAGAAACCGGGACUGUCCUUGGAAGAGCAAGAGGCCAAACAAGCCAAACAGAAGCUGGAGGACCGGUUAGCAGCAGCAGCGAGAGAGAAACUGGCUCAAGCCUCCAAAGAGUCAAAAGAGCGGCAGCUUCAGGCUGAGCGCAAGAGGAAAGCCGCCCUCUUCCUGCAGACCCUCCGAGGGCCAGAGGCUGAACUCAAGCAUACAGAGGAAACCGCUGCUGCAUCUGAGCCAUUGGUGUCGAACCUUCCCAUGAGCGGUAUCCCUCAACAUGCUUCUCGUAUACCAGGCUUUGACUAUCAGCCCCUGGAAAACGCACUAUCGAGGAGCGCUAACACCCCUGCUUCACAUGUGACCACCUCUUCUGCCUCAUCUUCCUCUCGUGGGCCCGAAAGGGACCGGGAUAGGGACAGGGAUAGGGAUCGGGAUCGAGAACGGGACAAGAGGAAGAAGAAACAUAAGAGAAGGUCUCGGUCCAGGUCCCGUUCACGCUCCAGAUCCAAAUCCAAAACCAAGCACUCUUUGCCCAGUGCCUACCGCUCCUUCAGGAGAUCCAGGUCUCAGUCUCGUUCCCCCGGCCACAGAGAUCGACGAGCACGCUCUUCAGAGAGAAAGCGUGACGAGAGGGAGAAGGAAAGCUACGGUCCCAGCACCUACCGCCUUGGCAGCAACCCAACACUUGGCAGGAAGCGCUCUAGAUCAAGAUCGCCUCAUGAAAAGAAGAAGAGGAAGAGUUCCAAGUCAUCGCACCAUUUUAAGGGUUCCUCCGUUUCGCCCUCGGCAUCCCCUGACAGAAGCGGAGCCGUGGCCAGAGUCUCUGCAAGCCUCUCCCCUGCCACAAGCCCCGCCUCCAGCUUGGGGAGGUCCAGGGAUGGCUCUCAGGAGAAAGACAAGCAAGUGUCCUCCACUAUUGUCUCUUCAGUGCAAACCAAAAUCACUCAGGACCUCAUGGCGAAAGUGCGAGCAAUGCUUGCUGCCUCCAAAGGCCUUCAGCCGAACUCAUCUUGAGAGAGUUCCACAACAUCCAGGCAGGAUCAGUCUACAUCUCGCACGGCAGCAACAGCCUUCCGGGCGACUACUGGACUGCUGUUCGCCUGAUAAGCUGCACAAUCCUGGGCUCUUUUAUCCCUUUAUGUAUGCCUGGUUUGGACCUCGCGUUAGUUAGAUGUUUUUAUUUCGCCUCCAGAUAAGCAUUAGGCAUGGAGAUCUUCUUUGUUUUGAAGGUGCAGGUGUAGAAAGACACAAUACCAGCAGCAGAUGGUGGAGCCUCGGUCCUGCUGUGUGUUUUAGCUGUAAGGCAGCAACAAGAAAGAAGUAUUAAAGGCGUAAUUCCUUGGAUGCAACUAAAAACAAAUUUAAAUUGCGUUCUGAUGACUGAGCUUUUUCCUUUGUAAUAUUGUGUCUUGCAGAGGGACACAGUUAUAUCCUUCUGUGAAGGAUAAGGAUAAUACUGUUUAUUUUCUCACCUAUCUCCUUUUUUCCUCUCUCCGUCUGAGCUCUUUCCAAUAUGAAGUCAUUGGCUUGCUUGUUUUUUUGUUUUUUUUUUUGUUUUUUUUUUAAUAUGUGGCCUUCGGUUUUUCAUUUCUAAGUUUGUACAGGCCUAAUUUUGAAGCUACUUUGUAAAACCGCCAAUAAAGUAUGAAUUAUCCAA